CAAAAAACCCUAGAUCUAGUAUCUCUACUUCCUUCCAAGAACAAAUGUAGUCAAAACUUUCUUUAAUCAUCCACAUUAAUCUCUCAUCUCAUGCAUUGGGAGUGGAUACACACUGCAGCCAAGCGCGUGCCAUGAUUCAAGAAGGAGAAGACCUAAAGACACAAGACUACGAAAACAAAACAUAACGUAACAAGUCUCUUCAAAUUACUUUGACUCUAAUCACUCCCUCACUCACUCCACACUCUUCAUCUUCUUCUUCUUCUUCCUCCAUUGCUAUUCAUUCUACUAUGGACUACCAAGAUCAUCAGAAUCAGAAACCACCCUCUCUUCAACCUCAACAACCCAAACCCAUCACAAGAUCCGAACCAACAAACCCAUACCCGACAACAUUCGUCCAAGCAGACACCUCCUCCUUCAAACAAGUAGUCCAAAUGCUAACCGGAUCCUCCGACACAGUCAAACAAGCUUCUUCUUCUUCUUCUUCUUCUUCCAAACCGAUCCCACCCAUCAAAUCCACACCAAAGAAGCAGCAACAGUUCAAGCUCUACGAACGCAGAAACGCCCUCAAAAACCUCCACAUCAACCCCACCACCACCUUUUCCACCCGAAAACCCGAGAUCCUCUCACCCAGCAUCCUCGACUUCCCUUCCCUCGUUCUCAGCCCCGUCACGCCUCUCAUACCCGACCCAUUUGACCGAUCCACCAGAAGUGAUGCAACAGAGUCUGCUGAAGAUAAAGCUAUUAAGGAGAAAGGGUUUUUCCUGCAUCCUUCACCCAGAGACGCUGAACCUGUUUUGCUUCCUCUGUUUCCAACUACUUCUCCUACUGCUUCAGUAGGGACACCGUUAACGUUUCUUUAGGGUCAGGGUCUAAAUGCAAAGCUUUGAACAGCCGUAAAACGCAAUCAUGCAAAGAUAGCCCCUCUUUCUCCGGUUCAAUGUUAUUUUAAUCAUCCAUUUUGACUCUAAGGAGACCAGAAUUGAAGUGAUCGAAGGAGGACAUGAGAAAGUGAAAGUUGGUGGGGGAUAGGAAAGUGGGGCUUGUGAUGAUGAAAGAUGAUGGGAAGACACGGUGUUUGAAUCACCUCCUUGUGCUUCUUGUUUGCUUAUAUAUAUCAUUUUUGUGGACUUCACAACUCAUGCAUGAUUGGUGAUCGAUUCGAUGUAUUUAUUAGAAUUUUGAAACUUAA